AUGUCCCGUUUGCCCUUUUCCAAUGCUGAAAGCCGGCCAGACCAUCAUCGUGCCCCGCGCGACUCACUAGAACUUGCUUCGCUCGCUUCCUCCCCCGAUCCCGGUGCUGGAUCCUCCCGCUCUUCCUCCCCCUCCGGCAUUUCAUCUUCGCGCAAGCUCUCCCUCGAGGACGAGGAUCCUCUAUCGAAUUCCCAUCAGCACACCACUUUCGAGUCCGGCCGACCCAGGUCGGCCCGCUCAUAUUCGGUAUCGUCCGCUUUCGAUUUCGGGAGAACGCUCUUUCCUUUGUCGCAGACCACCGGCGGUUAUGCUCCCUUGGGUGCCCCAUCUGCGCUAGAUAGAGAGGCCGGGGUCGCCGAUGGCUCCUUGGAAAGAAACAAGACCUUGACCUAUCUGAAUGGGCUUUCUCUGGUCGUUGGUUUGAUCAUCGGCUCCGGGAUCUUCUCGUCCCCCAGUCAGGUCAAUGUCAAUGCGGGCUCUCCGGGCGCAUCGCUUAUUGCCUGGGUGGUUGCCGGCUUACUGGCAUGGACGGGAGCGGCCAGCUACGCGGAGCUAGGAGGCGCGAUUCCGCUGAACGGUGGCUCCCAGGUAUACCUUUCUAAGAUCUUCGGGGAGUUGGCGGGGUUCCUCUUCACCUGGUGUGCUGUCCUCGUUCUGAAGCCUGGCAGCGCGGCCAUUAUCGCCAUCAUAUUUGGGGAAUACGUUGUUCGUGCCGUGGUUGGGGCGGAGGUCGAACAGGUCAACCCCUGGAUCAACAAGGCCGUCGCCGUGGGAGGUGUCUUCGUGGUCACCCUGUUGAACUGCGCCUCGACCCGAGUGGCCACCCGCCUCGGCGACGUUCUCAUGUUCUUCAAAUUCAUCGCCUUGCUCGGGGUCACCGUUAUCGGCAUCGUUGUGGCUAUCACUGGGCUUUCGUCAAGCGGGAGUGCGAGUGAAGAGUGGAAAUCCGGCUGGUUUAAGGGUACAAGUGUGGAUGUGUCGGCGUGGGCGCUUGCGCUGUAUGCAGGCCUCUGGGCCUUUGACGGCUGGGACAAUACAAACUAUGUGACGGGAGAAUUCAAGAAUCCCAACCGUGACCUUCCUCGUGUCAUUCACACGACGAUGCCGCUGGUCAUCCUCAGCUAUUUACUCGCCAAUAUCUCGUAUUUUCUGGUUCUACCCCAUUCGACCAUCGAGGCGAGCAACACGGUGGUCGUUCAGUUCGGCGACAAGGUCUUUGGGUCCGUCGGGGCUCUGGUGUUUGCACUAAUCGUCUCGGCGAGUUGUUUUGGCGCCCUCAACGCGACGAUUUUCACGAGCGGACGGUUGGUCUACGCUGCCGGCAAGGAAGGUUAUCUGCCGUCGGUGUUUGGCCACUUGUGGACUCGGGAUUCACCCACCAGCGGCCGACUGCAGCGCCGGUCGUGCGCUGGCAAAUUCCUCGCGCGCAUCUUCGGGGAGGGCACCCGGAUCGGUUACACCCCGAUUUACGCGAUGGCCUUGAACAGCGCGCUCACGCUCGUUUACGUCGUUGUGGGUGAAUUCAGGACCCUGGUCACCUUUUACGGCGUGGCCGGCUAUACCUUCUACUUCCUCACCGUGCUCGGCCUCAUCGUUCUGAGGAUCCGAGAGCCGCAUCUGGAGCGCCCCUACAAAACGUGGAUCUCCAAUCCGAUCAUCUUCUGCUGCGUUAGCUUGUUCCUUCUUAGCAGGGCGGUCAUUGCAGAGCCCCUGCAGACCCUGAUUGUUGUGGCCUUCAUCAUCGCUGGAGUACCGGUUUACUUCUGGCGCAUCUACCAGCGAGAUGGCCGCAAAGCGUUGCCGGGCCUUCAAUCAUGGGCGCAGACCGUUUCCAAGAAACGAUCCCAGCGCGACCAGGCGUUGAAGCCUUAUAUGACCUUGAAUGUGGACCAACGACCCCCUCAGGUCCCCCGGGUGCAGGAUCGCUCAUGUCUCUGGGACGAUCCUCUUUCCCAGGAGAUCACGGAGAUUGACAAUAUAGCCUCUUUGCUGGAGCAGUUAAGGCUGACCAAAUUCACCGCCGAGCAGGUGGUGCGGGCUUACAUCAAAAGGUACCAACCGUCCAUGCCAUCCUUCUUGACCAACUGUAUCACAGAAGUGAUCUUUGGAGAUGCUUUGGCUCAGGCUCGAGCAUUGGAUCGCGACUUCCGAGAGACCGGCCAACUCAAGGGACCGCUCCACGGCAUCCCACUCACGGUCAAAGACCAGUUUAAUGUCAAAGGAGUCGAUAGUACUCUAGGCUAUGUGGGACGCUCCUUUGCUCCCGCUGCAGAAGAUGCUGUUCUCAUUCAGAUGCUAAAAAGCAUGGGUGCAGUGGUUCUGGCUAAGUCGAAUCUGCCGCAGAGCAUCAUGUGGGCAGAAACGGAGAAUCCUCUAUGGGGACUGACCGUCAACCCGCGAAAUCCGGAAUUCACGCCGGGCGGCUCGACCGGGGGAGAAAGUGUUCUCCUGGCCUUGCAUGGCUCUCUUCUAGGUCUGGGAACGGAUAUAGGUGGCAGUAUCAGGAUUCCUCAGAGCAUCAUGGGCUUGUACGGCUUCAAACCUAGUAGCGGUAGACUUCCAUACUACGGGGUUCCGGUCUCCACAGAAGGACAGGAACAUGUUCCUUCAGCUGUAGGGCCAAUGGCUCGGGAUCUGUCUUCUAUAUGCUACGUAAGUCGGUUGAUCGCGAAUGCCAGACCUUGGGAAUUGGAUCCCCGAUGUGCUCCUCUAGAAUGGAACGAAGGGGUUUUCCAGUCCAUACAAAGUCGGCCCAUGGUAAUUGGCUUGAUUCUGGAUGACGGCGUGGUCAAAAUCCACCCCCCUAUCGAAAGGGCGCUCCGAGAGUUAACCGUGAAGUUGAAAGCCGCGGGUCAUGAGGUACUUACCUGGGAUGCGUCAGAUCACCUGGAAUAUAUCCGGCUGAUGGAUCGUUACUAUACGGUCGAUGGCUGUGAAGACAUUCGUCGCGACGUUGAUGUAGCCGGAGAGCCACUCAUACCCCACGUGGAAGCACUCGUCAAGCGAGGGGAGGCCAUUUCAGUCUAUGACUACUGGCAACUCAAUAAGCAGAAGAUCGCACUGCAGAAAAAAUACCUCGACAAGUGGAAUGCGACGCGAUCUGCGUUGGGACAACCGGUUGAUAUCCUCUUGUCCCCCACCAUGCCGCACUCGGCGAUUCCCCAUCGUGGGGUGCGAUGGGUUGGAUACACGAAAAUUUGGAAUCUGCUCGACUACCCCGCGGUCACUCUUCCCGUUGACCAGGUGAGACUAGGGGUGGACGACCUUCCGGAGGAGCCAUAUCAACCACGAAACGAGCUCGACGCCUGGAAUUGGAGUCUAUAUGAUGUAAAGGCCAUGGAGGGUCACCCGAUUGGGGUACAGAUUAUCGGGCCGAAGCUCAAUGAAGAGAAGGUGUUGGGAGCUGCGGGCGCUAUCGAGAGGAUUUGGAGAGGGCAAUGA